AUGGCACUUCCUGCCAAGAAGGUGUCUCUCAGCGUGGUGGUGGCCAUCCUCCUCCUCUUCUCUGCUGCAUCAUUCCCCGUGCAUGCACGCAGCAGGAGCUAUGGCAAAGUCCCACGCUGGGCGUCGUCGGCGGCCACCACGCCGGAGAAUAAACGACCCGGGCAGACCAUCUCCAAGGGACACAAGAACUACGAGCUCAUGCUGCAGCUGCAACUGGGUAUCAGGAGAGAUUUAAUUCUGUGCUCUCACAAUGUGGUCUGGCAUUCCGUGGGAAAGUCUUCGGCUGUGCCGAUGCGAGCACUGGAACAGGGCGAUUUUGACCCAGGGGAGAAGUUCUGGACACGGUUCCCACCAGAGGGUUCGAAGGUCACACUACCACAUUCAACCGCGGAGUUCCGGUGGAAGGACUACUGCCCCAUGGUGUUCAGGCAUUUGAGGAAGUUGUUUGCUGUUGAUACAGCGGAUUACAUGCUUGCGAUCUGUGGCAAUGAUGCUCUGAGGGAGCUGUCUUCACCCGGGAAAAGCGGGAGCUUCUUUUACCUUACCCAAGAUGACUGA